CUGCCAGCACAAGUUGGCUUCAGGAACAUGUUGCAGAUCUUAGUAGAAGUAUUUGUGGAAUCAUCCCAGGAUUGAGUAGCAUCUUCCUGCCACGAAUGAACCCUUUUGUCUUGAUUGAUAUUGCUGGAGCUCUAGCUCUUUGCAUUACAUACAUGCUUAUUGAAAUAAACAAUUAUUUUGCUGUAGACACAGCCUCUGCUAUAGCAAUUGCUUUGAUGACAUUUGGUACCAUGUAUCCCAUGAGUGUCUACAGCGGGAAAGUACUGCUUCAGACAACCCCACCUCAUGUGAUUGGCCAGUUAGAUAAACUUCUCAGAGAGGUUUCAACUUUGGAUGGUGUCUUGGAAGUUCGAAAUGAGCAUUUCUGGACAUUAGGGUUUGGCACUUUGGCUGGGUCAGUACACGUCCGAAUUCGAAGAGAUGCAAACGAACAGAUGGUGCUUGCCCAUGUCACUAACAGAUUGUACACAUUGGUCUCCACCUUGACUGUUCAGAUUUUCAAAGAUGACUGGAUCAGACCUACUUUAUCAUCUGUGCCUAUUGCAAACAAUAUUCUGAACCUUUCGGACCAUCACGUUAUUCCAAUGCCGUCUUUGAAAGCUGCUGAUAAUUUGAACCCUGUUACAUCCACUCCGUCUAAGCCCGGCAGCCCACCGCCAGAAUUUGCUUUUAAUACACCAGGCAAAAAUGUGAGUCCAGUCAUCCUCUUAAACACUCAGACAAGACCUUAUGGAUUGGGCUUUAAUCAUGGAUCCGCACCCUACAGUAGCGUACUCAAUCAAGGAUUUGGAAUACCGGACAUGGGAGCAACUCAAGGAUUCAGAACUGGUUUUACAAAUGUCCCAAGCAGAUAUGGAACAAACGCUCAUGGUCAACCUUGACCAUAAUAAAGACCAUUAUUUAUUGUACUUAAGGGUAUUGACUUAAUUCUUUUAUUACCCAAUUUUUAUAAACAUUUGGAAUGUCAGAUCAUUCUAAAUGGCUGGGAACAAGUGCAUUGUUCAUAUCCAUGAAAUGGUUAAAUUGCAAUUUUUUUCUUUGCAUCAGCAGUAAUCUGUGUAGUGUCACAAAUAUUUUCCAGACAUGAUACUUUACAGGUAGUUUUUAUAGAGAGUCUAUUUCUAUUCAGCUUUUUAUUCACUUUUCUUUAUUUUCCCAAGAAUGUAUUGAAAUAUAGCACAACUCCAUAAGAGAGUAGAAUUGUGACCAGGUAGUAUUUUUCUUCUAAUGAGAAUCAUUUAUUGAAUGCUGAGU